AUGAGCUCUAUCAACUGCGAGAUCAUAGAUAUUGAGCAACGAUUUCCACCGGGCGUGACAAGCAUCAUCGGUCAAGGGACUUCCUGCUUUGUUGGCCUUGUCGACCCAGAAACUGUUUUGAAAUAUCCCAUAUUUCUGGAUGAAAGGUUCAGAAUUGAGAUCGAGCAGAAGUUGUUAGAACAACUUGGUCAACACCCGCGAAUUAUCGAGUCAAGAGGCUUAACUGAGGAUGGACUGUUGCUUCAAUACGCUAAAAAUGGUACCUUAUGUGACUACAUCCUACAACGGAGCGCUCUCGACACUACGCAGCGUAUUCAGGUUUGCAUCCAAAUUGCAGAAGGCCUAGUACAUCUUCAUAGUAGACAUGUCUAUCAUGGGGAUCUCCGGCCGGGAAAUAUACUGCUUGACGAGAAUUUCGAUAUUAAGUUAGCGGAUAUUCAAGGUGUACUCAGCUCCCCCGAUGGUACAGUCAUCCUAGACGGGUUGGCUCGAGAGGGCUCGAUGUAUUACAUGCCACGCGACGGAGAUUACGUCAAUAUGAAGACCGAUCUCUUCGCUUUUGGGUCAACAGCGCACUUUGUCAUGACUGGUCGAGAGGUUUUCCCAGAUCUUGUCCCUUCAAUAUAUCAAGACGACGAAGCGAUUGAGAAAGAGAUCCAUCGUCGUUUCGCGGAACAGGAAUACCCUAAAAUCUCUUACCCCUGCAUCUCGAUCGUCCAAAGGUGUUGGAGGGGAGACUAUGCAUCUGCUGAGCAGCUAUUGAUCGAUCUGAAAGCGCUGGAGACAGGACCCGCAUCGCACACAGUAUAA